AUGAGGGACUCCCCUGGCUUCCAGCGUCGACUAAAGAUGGUUUCCACGCUCCUCCUCAGUGUUCCUGAGACCCACGUCACCGACCUUCUUCACGCUACCUUUCCACAGGACCCAGUCGGCCAAGAACGCUACCCGACGACACCCUUCGCUCCUUACAAUUCGUUUUCGAUCAGUGUUUCUAUACACCACAGCGUCAGUCUGUACGAAGGAGACUUUUUCAGUGCCAAUCAUCAACCUCCUCAAAAGCUGGUCGACUAUGUGAAGGAGCACGGACUCAAGGACAAGUAUAUCGCCGAGACUCCCCUGGGACGCGUCAGUGAUGAAUCUCAUUGGAGCAUUGUUACAAUGGCCCUGAACAGAGAGCUACGCAGGGACCUGACGUGGGCGCUAUGUUCAGAUGUGGAGCACAUCAGGAUCCUUACGAUUCCUCUCUCAGACAUUGGCCGUUAUUUGUCUCUAGUCGACCGGUUCGAGUCACUCAGGGACGUGACUUUUCUGCUGGAUCGACACUUAUCCGACGAGGGUGCUAAUAUGGACGAGAUCACCCCAGAGGAGUUGGCGGUUCAUAACCAGCAACGGGACGAGCGUGUGCAACACCUUGACCAAAUGGUACUGUUUGUUCAGGAACUCCGACAACGCCACAGGAAUGUCCUCCAAACCGCGACAUACUACGGGUUGUAUCCUGGCGACUAUGAUGGGUGUCCCGAGGAAUACCAAGAGAAGCUCGUCCGUCUUCUUCCUCCCCUUCUUGAUCCCCAGGCGCUUGGCAGUAACAAUUGGAACCAGUUUGCUACCAAGGUCAAGGAGACCAACUUAUCGGCCGUCAAGGACAUCACGCCACCGCAAAAUCAUUCAGGAGCAUCAAGUCUGCCUCGACUCCUCGAGAAGUCCCCAUUCCUUCAUCGUUGUCGGUCCCUCGAGAGCAUCCGGUUGAAAUCUAUCACCGACGAUGUCUUCCAAUGGGCUGUUGACGAACGCAGGCAGCACGACGCCGACAUUUCAGCUGGAUGCACUCCUCAAAGGCCACUGGUCCCUCUCCAAUAUGCUACAGUCAACAACGAGCGCCCUACCGACGGACGCCUCAUCAACGACAUUGGAUACAGCUUUGGCGAGACCCUCAAAACACUCGGUUUCUAUUCAUACGCGACCAUUGACAAUGAAGAGUUUGUAGACUUGGGCGAGUGCUCGGUUGGGGGCAGCCCUUCUUGGUCUCUCUGCUGGCAUGCUCCCCAGCUGGCUAAUUUGAUUAUCCACGCCGACCAUAAUUUCCUCCGCAUCCAUCCCAGCCUUCUUGCCCAGUGUCCACAACUGAAGGCCGUUGUUCUCGUGGAUCGGCGUCAUGAAUACUCGGCAAGCGACAUUACUCGAUGGGAACCGGCGGAGCUUGGACAACUGGAGACUCUCACAUUGCAAGGAUCGCCGGCCCUCUCGUUUAAUCUAGAAACUCUCAAUACCGCACGCAAGCUGAAAACUAUAAGUCUGCGGACGUCCGCUCACUAUGUGCUGCCGGUGGCCGAAUUGGACGAACCUGAGAAUGACUCUGUCGGAUUACCACCAUCUGCCUCUGUGACAGCACCUAGCCCUAUCCCACCUUGGCGACCCAUUUGGACCUGGGACUGGGACCUGCCAAGGCUUACGGAAUUGACGUUGACCGGAGAGAUCGCAUACCGGUUUCAGUUCAAGAUGCUCCAAGGCACUCCCAGUCUGGUGCAGUUGAAUGUCGACAGCAGGCCAACGACUGGGAUACACAAGAGGACCCUUGGCGUUAAGGAAUUUCUCCAGAAAACACAAGAAAUUGAGACCAUGGGAGGCGCACAGGACGAUGAUGACAACAACAGCAACAACAACGACGGCAGCAAUGACAAUAUCUUGGGUAUGCAGUCCAAGUACAUCCAACUUCCAGCAUUACGUACCCUGACAUUGAGAGGGACUUGGGUUUUAGAUACGGAGGUGUUGGAGAGUCUUUGCAGGAUGGUACCAGGUGUGACGAACAUGUCGCUUCAGGGCUGCGGUGGGUUUAGUUUGGUGGAUUGGGUCGGCACUACGUCAAGGCUUUUGAUGAGUAUACGUCACGCAAUGGCAUCUAUUCCAGUCGCGGCCGAGUUGGCUUCUAAGGCUGGACUGGUGGAGAUGGAGGUCCAUGGUGAGGAUCAAGAGUACGUUUUGUACCAGCUUGGUCAGCUUUCUGUGGGUCGGACUGCGGAGGAUAAACUCAAUUAUUACUUUUACUUUUACCCCUAA